UCCUCCUCCUCUUCCUCCUCUUCCUCCUCUUCCUCCUCUUCCUCCUCUUCCUCCUCUGCCUCCUCUUCCUCGUCUUCCUACUCCUACUCAAACUCCUCCUUCUCCUCUUCCUCCCCCUCAACAAAUCGUUGAUGCUUUAAUGGCAGUCUCGAUGUCAUGCUGCCAUGCCUGCAUAUUAUGCAACUUAGUUAAAAGCAAUCUAUUUUGCCUGUACAGUUGA